GAGAGUAGCUCUCACCACUCUUGAUAGUUGAGACACAUCCAUGCAAUGAAUAAGAAAUAAAUAGUGGCGCCAUGCUGAGGACGAUGCGAUGUCGGAGGUCCUCACUGUAGAUGCUAUUCUGUUUGGGUUUCUAGUCUUCUCUGGCAUCCUGGGAAACAUACUGGUCAUCCAUGUGGUGUUCCAGUCGGCCAUUGGAAAUUUGUCUCGUCGGCUCCCUCCCUCUGACAUCAUCCUGGUGAACCUGUCGCUGGCCAACCUGCUGACGUCUCUGUUCCGCACGGUACCCAUCUUUGUGUCUGAUCUGGGUCUGGACGUGUCACUGUCCCAGGGCUGGUGCCGCCUCUUCAUGUUGCUGUGGGUGUGGUGGCGGGCCGUGGGCUGCUGGGUCACUCUGACCCUCAGUGCCUUCCACUGUGCCACCCUGAAGCGACAGCAUGUGGCCAUGGGCCCCCUUGCACAGGAGCAUGAGAGGAGGAAGGUGUGGGUGGCUCUGGGGCUUGUCUGGGGACUCAAUCUCGCCUUUUCCCUGCCAGCGCUGGUUUACACCACACAUGUCCAAGGCAAUGCCACGGUGGAGCUGAUGGUGAUCAGCUGCACCACCAGGCCCCUGCUGGGCUGUAUGUGGGAAUUCCCCUCGGAGGAGCAGGGCUCGGCCUUCGCCUCCACCUCCCUGGUCCUCAAUGAGGUGGUUCCCCUGAUGCUGAUGGUGGGCACCAACCUGGCUACGCUGCACUCGCUGGCCAAACACAUCCGGGCCGUCACCUCGGCAGGCGAGGCAGGGGGAGGCACGCAUGGCGCGCUGGACAGACAUGUGUCCAGUGAACGCAAGGCCAGUCAUGUGAUUAUGUUGCUUGUGAUGCUGUUUGUGGUGUGCUGGGUCCUGCAAGUUGCAGCGGUGACAUACUAUAACCAUAACAGGGGGCACCAUGCAGAGGAGCUGCUGACUGUGGCCCACUUCUCUGCUUCUGUGUUUGUGGGCUUCAGUCCCAUGGUGGUGGCUCUGGGACACGGCAAGCUGAGGAGGAGGAUAAUGAGGAUGAUCGCUGGCUGUGCUGACAGAGUGAAAUAUCAACAGGAGAAAAUAAUAGAUGAAAACAAAGCUCCAGACACAAGGGAGACGACUGCAAAACAAACCGUUUUCACUAUUCAGAAGGAGAGAGAGGUUAUCAAAUAAGAGGAGAGAGUUAAAGCAAAUAAAUGAAUGAAUGAAUGAAUUAAGGCGUACCACUGUAUGGAAUCAUUAAUUAACCAAUGCUUACCUCCCCUUCAGUCUGUGUUAAAAUGUCAACAUGUAUAUAAAACCCUGUCUAAAUAUGUAAUAACCCACCCAAUAAAUACCGUAGUACUUUUAAAGUAUUGGAAUGUUUAAGAUCUUCUACAUUUGGAGUAUUGAAAUAUUGUGAAGUUUGUGAAACUCUGAUGUAGAGGAACCUCA